CGGAGGUGGCAAUAAUUUGUUAGCUGAAUAUGUGAUCAGGCAGAUGCAAAAAUGAUCUUAUUAGAUCUGUGAUCACGCUAUGGAAUCAAGGUAAUGCACAGCUGCAUUUAAGAGAGAAAAACCUGUUCUUUUUUUUCCCCUUUCUCUAGGAGGAAGGAAGAGCUAUGUCCCGGCUGUCUUUAACACGGUCUCCAGUUUCUCCCCUGGCUGCCCAAGGAAUUCCUCUCCCAGCUCAGCUGACCAAAUCUAAUGCUCCUGUGCACAUUGAUGUAGGCGGACACAUGUAUACCAGCAGCUUGGCAACAUUGACAAAGUACCCAGAUUCCAGAAUAAGCCGUCUGUUUAAUGGCACGGAACCUAUUGUCUUGGACAGUUUAAAACAACACUAUUUCAUUGAUCGGGACGGUGAAAUUUUCAGAUACAUACUAAGCUUCUUAAGAACGUCGAAACUGCUGCUCCCAGAAGACUUUAAGGACUUUAAUCUUUUAUAUGAAGAAGCCAAGUACUACCAGCUGCAGCCGAUGAUCAAGGAGCUGGAACGGUGGAAACAAGAGAAGGAACAAAGGAAGCAUUUUCAGCCGUGUGACUGCUUGGUUGUAAGGGUGACGCCGGAUCUCGGGGAGAGGAUUGCGUUGAGUGGGGAGAAAGCUCUCAUCGAAGAGAUCUUCCCAGAGACAGGAGACGUGAUGUGCAAUUCCGUCAACGCUGGCUGGAACCAGGACCCCACCCACGUCAUUAGGUUUCCUUUGAAUGGAUACUGCCGGUUGAAUUCUGUGCAGGUUCUUGAGCGGUUAUUCCAGAAGGGGUUUAACGUGGCAGCAUCUUGUGGCGGCGGUGUGGAUUCCUCUCAGUUCAGCGAAUAUGUGCUAUGUCGCGAGGACAGGAGACCACAGCCCAACACCACAAUCAGGAUAAAGCAAGAACCCCUGGACUAAGGACCCGAUCCCUUCUCCUCCUUUGUAAAAGUAGACGUGUCAAAUAGUCCCUCGUGUGGAAAAACAAAAAAACACUCAAGGAUUUGCAAAACAGUAUUAUGCAGGUGACUUCGGUGUUGCCAAUUAGUGGUAUUUCGGAAACUACCUGUCACAUCGCCAGCCAUGAACUGCAUUUGAAAACGAAGACACAGACGCACACACAAGCAAAAAAUC